AUGGAGCGUUUUCUUGGCAGUGUGAAAGGGGCUUGGGAUUCCACCGAGGUGGCACCAGAGCCCCAGCCUCCAUCUGUGCUGUGCUCAGAAGAUUCUGGGCCUCGCCUGCUCCCUUUCUAUCCUGUGCUGGGAGUGUCCCCAGGCCACGGUGGUGGUUUGGACUCGGGACUGCUUUCCAGCCCUUGUUGGCGGCUUCGCUGGGUCUACCUGCAAAACGACGUCUGUCCCAGAGCCCAGAGCACCUUGGAACGAAGACCCGCUCUGCCCACUGUGAGCUUCGGGCCCGGGGCACAGAAGAAGCCAGAAGCAUCCUCAGGAGAGAUGGACCCUGAAGAGGAGCCUGAGCCACUCACCCACCAGCAGCUUCCCUCCACCAGGACGACCCGCCUGGCCACACACAGCUGGACAGGGAGACCUGACAGUGGGCAUCCUUCGCAGCAGGAACACCCCAGACCUCCCCUCCGCGCCUGGGGGAGGCACGUCCGGGUGUUCUCAGGCUGCCUGGAGUGGAUUGGUCACACCGUGUACAGCAUGAGUUACCGCUGUUGCCCCUGCAUCUUUGGGUCUAAGGAGUUCUGA